AUGGGCGCUGGCAGUUCCAAACCCGAGGCGGGAGGUAGCUCCCAACACGUCUUCACAAGCAACUCCCCCGUCCAAUUCUCCUCCAACCUAGUCGAGGCUCUCCAGUCCACUUCCGAGGUUCGUUUGGAUACCAGCCCCAGACCCCAAGGCGCGGCCUCAAACAACCGAUACAAAGUAAACAAAAAAAAAACUAACAAUAUCACCCUUUCUUUGUAUUCUUCCGUUCAGACCGACUCAUCCCGUGCCAAGGCCCUGGAACUCGAGAUUCAAAACCGAGUCGCCCAGGAACUUCAACGUCUCCACGAGCGUGAACAGCAAACCCUCGCUGAGAUCGAGAAGCGUCUCUCUGAAGCCAAGGACAAUGGCUCCAUCCCCGCGAGCAGCGCGACUUUCCCUGUCGCCUAUUCCUCAUCUGGAUACCCCGCUGGAUCUCUGAACCUGGAUGCGCCUCGUAUUCCCUUCGCCGGUCGUGAGUACGACGCAUCGCCCGUUUUCGCCGCGCCCCAAGAACCUGCUGCCCAGCCCCAGCAGCCCGCCGCCAACCGUGAGCUCUCGCGGGACUCUGUCAUGAGCCAGAUCGAUGUGCUGCGCAGCCGUCUCGACGGACGGAGAAAGUUGGUGGAGCUCGAUGAGGGGGUCGAAAAGGCCAAGGCCGAUGUCGUUAGCUGUCUGCGCGUGCACGACAGGCGACCCUUGGAUUGCUGGAAGGAGGUCGAGUCUUUCAAGAAGGAGGUUGCCAAGAUGGAGGCCGCCUUUGUGGAUCGUGUCGUUGGGUAG